GUGAGGAAAAGCUGGAUGGGCGUGGUUCGCAUAUGGAAAAUAUAGCCCCGCCCACAUCACGUAAAUACACUCAAGUCCUCCAUACUAGAUAGAACUCCGGGAAGACACCAGGGCAUUUGGAGAGCAAAAUGAGUUACCCAGGAUACCCCUCUCAGAUGGGUGGAUACCCCCCACAGCCUGGGGCUUACCCUCCCCAACCCGGGGCUUAUCCACCUCAGGCGGGUGGAUAUCCACCACAGCCUGGCGCAUACCCACCACAACCUGGCGCUUACCCGCCUCAGCCUGGAGCUUACCCUCCUCAGGCAGGGGGUUAUCCUCCUCAGCCUGGAGCUUAUCCUCCACAGGCUGGAGGCUACCCGUCGCAGCCUGGGGGUUAUCCAGCAGCACCACCUCCAGGAAGUUGGGGUGGAGGCCCUGCAGGUGGAUAUCCAUCUAUUGGAAUGAGCCAGCUAUCCAACCCUGGCUACAUGCCACAGCCAGGAGGACCCAUGCCCCCAAACCAAGGGCCUGCCAUGGGAUAUCCCAGUCAGCCCACCCCUCAAAUGCCUGGAUACCCCAAUGCACCAUCACCCAAUCAUUCUAUGCCUGGCUAUGGAAUGGCCCCAGGACCCAUGCCAGGGUACCCGAGUGCCCCGUCUGCAAGCCCCUCCAUGCCAGCCUAUGGAGGAGGGGCCAUGCCAGUUGCUCCUGUAACUAAAGGACUUGGGGGAACCAUCACUGACUUUCCUGGUGCCGAUCCCCUUAAAGAUGUGGAAGUUUUGCGGAAGGCCAUGAAGGGCUUUGGAACUGAUGAGCAAGCUAUAAUUAACUUGCUGGGGAGCCGGUCCAAUAAGCAGCGUGUGCCGUUGCUCCGAGCUUACAAAACUUCAUACGGGAAGGACCUGGUGAAGGAUCUUCAUUCAGAAUUGUCUGGAGACUUUAGGAAGCUGGUCUUGGCCACAUUAAAGACCCCUGCUGAGUUUGAUGCAUCUGAACUUCACAGUGCCAUUAAGGGAGCAGGCACUGAUGAGGCCUGUCUGAUAGAGAUCCUGUCCUCUCGCUCCAAUGCUGAAAUUAAAGAGAUAAAUCGGAUUUAUAAACAAGAAUAUAAAAAAUCGUUGGAAGACUCCAUUAGUGGGGACACCUCAGGGCACUUUCGCAGGCUCUUGAUUUCUCUUGCUCAGGGAAACCGGGAUGAACGAGAGACGGUGGAUGCCUCCCUCGCUGCACAGGAUGCUCAGGCUCUGUAUGCUGCUGGAGAAAAUAAACUGGGAACAGAUGAGUCCAAAUUCAAUGCCAUCCUAUGUGCAAGAAGCAAACCUCACCUCAGAGCAGUGUUCCAUGAAUACCAGAGGAUGUGUGGAAGGGACAUUGAGAAGAGCAUCAGCAGAGAGAUGUCUGGAGACCUUGAGAGUGGCAUGUUGGCAGUUGUGAAGUGCAUUAAGAACACUCCUGCCUACUUUGCCGAGAGACUUUAUAAAGCAAUGAAGGGAGCCGGGACUAAAGACACUACCCUGAUCCGGAUCAUGGUCUCCCGUUCAGAGGUUGACUUGCUGGAUAUCCGGAAGGAAUAUGUCAAAAAUUAUGGCAAAUCUCUGUACACAGCCAUUUCUGGAGACACAUCUGGAGACUACAAGAAGCUUCUGCUGAAGUUCUGCGGUGGCAGUGACUAAAAACAACCAGAUAUCGAAUAAAUCAAUAUUUCUGGAAUAUCUUUAUGCAAUAUAGACAACUUACAAGCUUGCAUGCCAUUACAAUACUUUUAAUGCAACAUUUAUGAAGUUAUACAAAUGCCCUCCAGCAGCACAUUAUUCAUUUUCUACUUGUGUUUCAGCUAAAGGUUUCUUUUUUCUUCUUCUUUAUAGGUUUACUAAACGAUACAUUUAAUUACAAAUGGCCAUGAAAUGGAUUUAAAAGCACUUCAAUUUAAUUUUCUAAUCUAUAUAUUUUAUUUUUUUACACUUAGAAAAAACACACACUCACACAGAUGUGCCAUGGAUUGUGAUUGUGAGCCAUACUGGGCGGAGAAUGUAAUGUAGGCUUAUAGCAGCUUAGUGCCUAAGUCAAAUUUAAUGUUUGCGUCUAUAAAUCUAUUCAAUGAAGAGUGAAAAUCAUGAACAAUUUUGAUUUUUAAAAAAAAAGGGGGUCUAAUUGCUCGUUUUUUGGAAAAAAAUUUUUUUUAGGACCAAUAGUUAUCUUAGAAUACUUCUUUUAUUCAACCAACAUGGACAAUUAUUAAUGCAAACCUUUGCAAAUCUACUGUGGAAAACGCAGUAGUGUCUUCAAAUGUCCAAUAAUGCAGAGAAAAAGAAGCGCAAAGAAACUGUAUUUCAACAGGAAAACCAGUAAUGGCUGAUAAAUGUAGACUAAAUGAAAUAUCCUAUUUACAGUUUAUUUAUAAAUGUAAUUUAAAAUUUCAUUGAAUUUUAAAAAAAGUCAAUUUUAUUCUCAUUGCUAGAUUUUUAAAUCAGCUUUAACCCCCUCCAUUUGAUCAUUUUUGUGACUUUCACUUCUCAAAUCUCUACACCAUGUUUGCGUUUAAAUAUUUAGUUCAUUUCUUUGUGAUUUAUUUAAAGAAGAAACUCCCAUUUGUUACUGUUUUAUGCUCAGCAUUAUGUUUUCUUGAGUUUUGAUAUUUGCCUUCAAAAAAAUAUCAAAAUGUUGUUUUACAGUAGUUUACAGCAGUCAAGGCCUUUUUGGCAAUGUCUUUAUAUGUGGAACAUUUUAUUUUUAGUUUCUACAGCUUCCCUUAAGUACAGUAUGUACAUCGGUGUGCAUCAUUUAUGUGGAUUCCCACACGAUAGUUGAUAAUUGUGAUCAAAAUUUCAACUUAGGACGUCUCACAAUCAAUACUUAUGAUACCUCACAGGUGGUUCAAUCAAUAGAGACGGAGAAUUUCUUUAAGGCCUGCAUGUCCAGCUGUUGCUUCAGGAGCUCUACGCCUUAUUAGGUUCUGUUGGCUUCGCUUUAAAAGCUGUGGACCUGCCCUGACUGUAUGGAUGCAGUGAUGCACUUCACUGGCUUCGGCAGGCAGUGUGAGUUAACUCUGCUACAGUAAAGAACCUGGCAUAAGCCUCAGGGAAUUGAUGGCAGUCAUAAAGCGGGCCACAUUAAAUAAGUCUGCAAAGCCAGGCUGAACGACUUUUUCUUUAUGUCAUGUCUUGUGAAACUGGCUAGAAAUGCCAAAAAAAUAAAGGUUGGAGGCUUUAUCUUUACCUGACUUGUUUUCAUAGACUUUAUAGGUUCGUCUCAAAAGCUUUGAUAUAUUCUUGUCAAUACUCUAACUUUACAAUUACUUGACAAAUAUUUCUGUUCACAAAUAUUCUUCCAAGAAUGUGCUGUCUAUUAAAAAGUAAAUAGUCAAACCUAAGGCUUUUUUUUUACUGUGUUUUAGUGGUCUAGUGUUGCAGAAUAUUGCGAAACACAUGCUUUAGGUUUUUCCUGUAAGGUUAGAGGGGAAAUCAAAGAAAAACUUUAUUUCCAAAUCCUGCUAUUCAAAGUGCUUUACAUAAAACAAUCAAGUUUUAGAAAAACAAAAGACAAGACAUUGAACUAAUGUAUUGUCUAAAACCCGUACAGUGCCAAGAAACCCCCCCCCCCCCCACACACACACAUCGUGGUAAGAAAAGAAAUGCAAGUUAGAACUUAUAAGUUUUUGCCUUCUUGAGCGCAUCACUGCUUCCUUUUGAAAUUGAGUUCCCCCUAAAUGUUGUCAAGUAUUGUUUUUUUUUUUGUAAUCUGCCAAACCAAACAUCUUUUUCCUGAAAAAGUACAAAAACUGAUGUCAACGGUGAAUGUAAACUAAACCGACUGUAUCGCCUCUAAUGUUUCAGACGCUGUUAGUUGAGUCUAUUCAGACUGGCAGCAGAAAUAAAGCCAUAAAAAAUCUUCUGUUUGAGACCAUAGGCCAAGUGUAAAUGAUGUAUAUCUUCCCUGACACUCUCUUCAAUAAAAGAUAAGGCUAA